AUGCCGGCUGACGAGAAGAGCUCCGGCAUGACCGUCAAUAACCUCAAUCACGAUGUUGAAAGGUCUGUCACAGAGGCUUCGCCCUCUCAGUCCCUGAAGUCUGUAAACAAAGUGGAACCAAACGUGGACACUACUCCAUCAGGGAUUGUUGUCCUUCCUCGCUCAGAUCGGCGAGGCCUGCUGGCUCGAUUCUCCGUCAUUCCUGAGAUCACCAACCCGCGUGAUUAUGGUAAUGGAACCAAGUGGGCGAUGACAGUGAUUGUCAGCUUCGCUGCCAUAACAUCCUCCACGGGCUCCUCUAUCUUCUUCCCGGCCCUGGCCGAGGUAGCGCAUGACCUCGACACGACCCCGACGGUCGCCAACUUAUCAGUGGCACUUUACUUGCUCGCCAUGGCUUUCACCCCUAUCUGGUGGUCCGCACUGUCCGAGAAGCAUGGACGGCGAACAACGUAUCUCCUCUCCUUUUUCCUCUUCCUGGUUUGCUCCUGCAUCAGUGCCGUCAGUCCCAACAUCGCAAUGUUGAUCGUUUUUCGAGUCCUCAGCGGCGGAGCCUCAGCUUCCGUCCAAUCUGUGGGCGCGGGAACUGUCGCCGAUAUCUGGGAUCCGAAAGCAAGAGGCAAAGCUAUGGGGGUCUUCCAAUUGGGUCCUCUCUGUGGACCCGGUGUGGCACCUGUGAUCGGUGGUGCUUUGACUCAGGGUCUCGGCUGGCGGAGCACCCUCUGGUUCCUCACCAUCUUUGGCGGUGUAAUGCUGCUUCUGAUUUUCCUGUGUUUGCCGGAGACGAUCCCAAAGCGUGAGCCAAAGCCGCAGACCGAAGAGCAGAAGAACACCAACAUUCUUGUCAAGAUAUUCAUGGCAAUCUUUGGCCCGUUCAAGGCAUUGGCGCUGCUCCGCUUUCAGCCUGUCAUCGUCGUAAUUUGGUCCGGUGUGAUCGCCUUCUUCACCAUGUACAUCAUGAACGUCUCCAUCCAAGCCGUUUUCGACAAAGCUCCCUACAACUUCAGCGUUUUGGAGGUGGGUCUUGUAUACCUGGCACCGACAAUCGGGUAUGCAAUCUCGUCGAUCUUUGGUGGUCGCUGGAUCGACCACAUCAUGAUUCGUGAGGCGACCAAGGCCAAUCGCUACGAUGAGAACGGCAAGCUAAAGUUCUUUCCCGAGGACCGUAUGAGAGAGAAUAUCUGGCUGGGUUUAACACUGUACCCAGCCUCGUUGAUUUGGUACGGCUGGACCGCUGAAAAGGGUAUCCAGUGGGCGGUCCCCUGUGUUGCAUCCAUAUUCUUCGGGCUUGGCAUGAUGUUGGUCAUGGGCACUGUGCAGACCGCACUGACGGAGUUCACUCCAAAGAAAGCAUCCAGCGGUGUCGCUGUGGCAAACUUCGUGCGAAACAUCCUCGCGUGCACCGGCGCUGUCGUCACUCAACCUAUGCUCGAUGGUAUUGGCAAUGGAUGGAUGUGCACUACGGUUGCUCUGAUUGCGUUUGCCACGGGUAUUUCAGCUAUUGUUUCACUCCGCAUCUGGGGACCCCAGUGGCGCGUGCUGAUGGAUCAGAAAUUGAACGCCCCAAAGCCGUAA